UAGGAGCAUGGAUAAAACCUUCCAGUCCCUUUCCCAGACAUGCCUUCCUGCCCCUGACCAGCAGAAGAACCCCCACAAGGCUGGCUGCUCUUCCUCUUCAACUCCUUCCUGAUGCCUUCCUCUCUUCUAGGUUGGGCAACUUCCUCUCUCCUCCCGGAGUGGAUAGCUCUGUGCCACUGUCAGAAAAAGACAUCAUGACACAUGCUGCCUGAGGGAGGAAGGAAGUGCCAAGCCCAACCGACUCCAGUCCAGUCAGAGGCUCCCAAUAGGUGAAUGGUCAAUAACAGCUGGACCAGUGUAUCCCAUUUUGUUCUCUUGGGCAUAUCUACCCACCUGGAAGAGGAGAUCCCACUCUUUCUUCUUUUUCUACUGAUGUAUGCAAUCAACAUUUUUGGGAACUUUGCCAUCAUCACAUUGAUUAUCUCUACUCCACGUCUCCACACCCCCAUGUACAUCUUCCUCAGUAAUUUGGCUUUGGCAGACAUCUGUUUCACCUCCACCACGGUCCCCAAGAUGCUACAGAACAUUUUCUCGCCUACAAAGGCCAUUUCCUACAUGGGCUGCUUAGCCCAGACCUAUUUCUUCAUUUGCUUUGCAGCCAUGGAAAACUUCCUUCUGGCUGUGAUGGCCUAUGAUAGAUACAUAGCUAUCUGCUACCCUUUCCGCUACCCUAUGAUCCUGACCAGAAUGCUGUGUUCACAGAUGGUGGCUCUGUGCCAUAUCCUCUCCCAUCUUCAUGCCCUGCUGCACACCUUUCUUAUGGGCCAAUUAAUCUUCUGUGCAGAUAACAAGAUCCUCCAUUUCUUCUGUGACCUCUACCCUCUGAUGAAGAUUUCCUGCUCCAGCCCCUACCUCAACACCCUGAUGAUUCACACGGAGGGUGUUAUUGUCAUCAAUGGAGCUCUGGCUUUCAUCAUUGCCUCCUAUGCCCGCAUCAUCUCAGUGGUCCUCCAGAUCCCCUCGGCCAAGAGCAAAUGGAGAGCUUUUUCUACCUGUGGCUCCCACCUCACUGUGGUGUCUAUCUUCUAUGGCACACUCACAUGGGUCUACUUCCGGCCCCUUACCAGCUAUUCGGUGACUGAGGGUCGCAUUCUGACAGUCAUGUACACAGUGGUGACCCCCAUGCUGAACCCCUUCAUUUACAGCCUGAGGAAUGGGGAUGUCAAGGGAGCCUUCAGAAAAUGGGUGAGCAGAAUGUGGACUUCUUCCUUUAGAUAA